CUUUCGAGGGGCCGACUCCGCAGCCUGGGGAUCCGAGCCAAUGAGGCUUGGGCUCCGUGCGCCUCGCGUCCUGGGAGCACCAGGUGCAGGAGGCAGCGCCCACCCUCCGCCUCCGAGCAGAGGCAGGCGGGGGGCCCCGGGGCGGAGCCCAGCGCCGGGCUGGCGCGCCCGGCGGGGUCCCGGACGCCAGGAAGAGCUGCGGGGGCGGAGCGCCAACUCUAGCGGGAACCCGGAGACCGCGACGAGCCAGGGAGGCGCGCGGGGACGAGGAAGAAAGAGGGACACCUCCUGCGCAGCGCCAGUACGGGUUCCCGAGGCGGGAAGCGAGCGGCUCGGCCCGCGACCCCCGACUCGGGUCGCCGGGGCCGCGGAGUGCGCCGGGGAGGAAGCGCUGAAGCCGGAUCCAGGAUGGCACAUUGACUCCUCAAGGAUGUGAGCACGUGGCUAGGAUCUCUGACUUCAUGAGAAAAGAAGGUCUGGAUGUCCAGCUCACAGUGCUCAGACCCCGGAGAUUCCUGCACACCACUCACCAACAAGCUCCAACAUGGCAGCCCAGAAUGGAAACGCUAGUUUGGCAAGAAACUUCAAUCCACCCCAAGACCAUGCUUCCUCCCUCCCCUUCAACUUCAGUUAUGGUGAUUACGAUCUCCCUCUGGAUGAGGAUGAAGAUAUGACCAAGACUCAGACCUUCUUUGCAGCCAAGAUCAUUAUCGGGGUGGCACUGGUGGGCAUCAUGCUGAUUUGUGGCAUUGGCAACUUUGUCUUUAUCGCUGCUCUCGCCCGCUAUAAGAAGCUGCGUAACCUCACCAACCUGCUCAUUGCCAACCUGGCCAUCUCCGACUUCCUGGUGGCCAUUGUCUGUUGUCCCUUCGAGAUGGACUACUACGUGGUGCGCCAGCUCUCCUGGGAGCAUGGCCACGUGCUCUGUGCCUCUGUCAACUACCUGCGUACCGUCUCGCUCUACGUCUCCACCAAUGCCCUGCUGGCCAUCGCUAUCGACAGAUAUCUCGCUAUCGUUCACCCCUUGAAACCACGGAUGAAUUAUCAAACUGCCUCCUUCCUAAUCGCUUUGGUCUGGAUGGUGUCCAUCCUCAUCGCCAUCCCAUCAGCCUACUUCGCAACAGAAACCGUCCUCUUCAUCGUCCAAAGCCAGGAAAAGAUCUUCUGCGGUCAGAUCUGGCCAGUGGACCAGCAGCUCUACUAUAAGUCCUACUUCCUCUUCAUCUUCGGCAUCGAGUUCCUGGGCCCCGUGGUCACCAUGACCCUGUGCUACGCCAGGAUCUCCCGGGAACUCUGGUUCAAGGCCGUCCCUGGUUUCCAGACGGAGCAGAUCCGGAAGCGCCUGCGCUGCCGCCGGAAGACGGUCCUGGUGCUCAUGUGCAUCCUCACCGCCUACGUGCUGUGCUGGGCGCCGUUCUACGGCUUCACCAUCGUGCGCGACUUCUUCCCCACCGUGUUCGUCAAGGAGAAGCACUACCUCACGGCCUUCUACGUCGUCGAGUGCAUCGCCAUGAGCAACAGCAUGAUCAACACCGUGUGCUUCGUGACCGUCAAGAACAACACCAUGAAGUACUUCAAGAAGAUGCUGCUGCUCCACUGGCGUCCCUCCCACCGCGGGAGCAAGUCCAGCGCUGACCUCGACCUCAAAACCAGCGGCCUGCCAGCCACGGAAGAGGUGGACUGUAUCAGGCUGAAGUGACCCACGGGUGGUUCACAGUUGAAAACCCAAAAGCCAGUACUUGGAGGACAACUCGCCAGUAACCAGGUUCAUGGCUGCACAGAGAAUGGGCGACUGGGUUCACCCACCACUGCCCGCAAGGAGCUGGGUGCUUCUGGAGUCCUAACAUGCGAUAAAGCGAGACACAAACCGCAGCAGCUGACGUUCACUGAUGUCUGCUCAACACCUACUGUGUCCACAGCCACACCAGUGAGAUUAGACGGGGGCAAUGGGAGCUGAUAUUUGCUGAUUACCUACAGUGUGCAAAAAUGUUUAAAUAGCAAAAUGAAAUGACAGACGCUAGUGGAGUCACCAGGCUACAUCCAGAUAUUUAGGUGGUCAGACCACAGAUGGUUGUCUGGGCUCAUUCGUCACCUUCCCUCCUUCUGUAUCUGUCAGUGCAAAAAGUCAAAAGGCUGCAGAAUACAGCGCUUAGACACAAUGGAUAAGUUAAGAGCAUGGGGUUUACAGCCUCAUGAGAAGAGAGUUCAUGCCAUCACGCUGAGCUUUCCCACCCAGUUCUCAUGACCUCCCUAGAACAUUCUGGAUUGUAACUGCCAGAAAAGAAUUUUUCUCAUAGCCGGGUCAUUGAUUAUCUAUAAUGGUAUAAGUUCAAAGGGAAGAGUCAAAAAAUCUCUUUUCCACUGAUGUUUGAAACCCCAUCAUUCUUUUGGGUGAAGACAGACAAUCCUGAGAUGAGGAACACAUCCAGUUCCCCACACCUUAAUGUAAAGGAUGUCAGGAGCUCUAGUGUCAGGGAGGAAGGAGACAGAGAAAUGUGUGGCAUUUGCCCCUCGCAAUGAACAUAACCUGUAUGGCCAUUUUGCUAAGGCCUGGACCACUUUUUGAGAACACACACUCUUUUGUAAAGAUGAGCUCCACUUGAAAUCCAAGGACCUGGGUUCAAGUCCUAACUCAUGUGACCUAGAUGUUUACUCUCUCUGCAUUUCAGUUUUGCUUCAAUGAAAUAGAAAUGAAAAUAAUCUUCUCUAUCUAUCUUAUACGACUGUUGGGAGAUCCUGUUGAGGUCAUAGUUUGCGAAAGUGCUUUUCAACUAUACAAGUGAUAAGAAUGAAUAAGUGAUGUUAAACAAUUUGUUUGGGCUCCAUCCUCUGUGGCUUAUUAUAGAGAAACCCUCCCACUCUUUCAUCCUUAUUCUUUGGACUAGUGACCCCUGAACUCUUCAAAGUGCAGCCCAUCUAUAUGAGGGCAAAAAAGAAAUCCUUGUCCUGGGUUAUAAUCAGGGAGAUUCAACCUCAUAGUCUCAGCGACCCGCCCCUUCUCCCCAACCUUCAGUAUCCCCAUGGUCAUAGAAGUAUUGACAAUCUUCCCUGCAUGUUACCAAACAGCACACCCUAGGGCUGCCUAAAUGUGUAUACAUCUGUAGUCACUGUUAAUAUUUGUCCUCCUUUCUUCCUGAUUCAUUUUGAAGCAGAGAUGAUACAAAUGGUAAUUGGUUUGGGAUUGACCCACAUUUGGAUAAUUCCUGCUUUUCUAUAGAGAAGGGGUUAUUUAGUUGUUUGCUUAUGUGUGUGUGUUUAAUUAAAAUUGUUGUUUUUUUUAAUCCAACAGUGAAGUUUCAAUCAACAUUUUCUUCCAUCACCACCCAGGAGCUUCACGUUCAUCAAAAUCACUGUACCCUCAGAAAAUGCAAACUCAUCUUAACAUUAGGCCAAGCCAAAUUGUUUAUAAAUUAUGGUUUUACAAAAUUACAUAAUGCAUUCUAAAGCCAAGCAAGUAAAUGUUUGGGGUUACCUGCAUUUUCACAAAUAUAAUAACCAUUUUUACUUAAUAUCCCUGUCCUGACUCUUCUCCUAAUAAGGUGAUUCUUUAAGAGUAGACUGUUACCAAUUGUGCCUGGCAAAAGAAUUCAGCCCCUUUUUCCUUUUUAUAUUAAAAUGUACCAUCCUCCCUUCAUUUAAAUUUAAUGGAAAAACUUUUGUAAAUAUCAGUGUGUAUUUGUGAUUUUCCAGUGAAUAAAAGUGUUAUGUUGUUAUCAAAUGAAAUAAUUAACGCAUGGUAUCUUAACCACACUGUUCAUGCAUUUCCCCCACUAAUCUUCUAUAUGUUAGUAUGUUUAGGUAUAAAUGAAGUAAUAGCCACCUAAACAGUUCAACCCUGAAGCAGAGGAGGAAGUUCUUAAAGACAUUUUUAGGACAGUGGCAGCUCACACCAGCAACCAGUCUCAUCUUGGUCACACCCCUCAAGCUGACAGCCCAGGAGGGCGCUCAUGCAUGUUAAUCAGAGAGCCAUGCUCCGUGGUCACGUUACCCCUUCGGUUUAAAAUCAUCU